AUAUUGUUCCUCUGCUGGUCAUUUGGUCUGUUGUCAGCUGAGAACGACUGGUGCCUUUGUCCUUUAGCUCCCCUCUGAGCUCAACGUUGGUCUAUCUCAACUUGGAUAAUCUGAUUUUAUUGGAGACUGAAGCCAUUAUCUAACCAUGGCCACCAAAUCGCUGCAGCCUUAUCAAGGUAGCUUCGACACAUUUCAUGGUAUGAGAGGGGCAUCGAGCGAGACAGAGAAGAAGAUUGUAAGUCAAAAAUCCAGGGCUGAAAGAAUCAGACACUCUUCAAAAGGAGAGAAGGACGCUGGCAGAAGUGUAUUGUUUGGAGACGAGAUGAAAAGGCUGGAUAUAGAUUACUAUAAGGCUAAAAAGAUCUUGCAGAAGAAGUUUGACCGCAAGCCUCUACGUGACAAGGCAGAGAAAUGGGCAGCAGAGGAGAGGCGCUGUGCCGAGCAGAUUGAAGCCUCUUCCCCCGAGUUUGUCAUUAGAUUGAGAUCCCACACGGUCUGGGAGAGGAUGAAUGUUAAGCUUUCCUGUAUUGUCCAGGGGGUACCUUCCCCUCAGGUUAAAUGGUAUAAGGAUGGAUACCUAAUAGAACCAACAGCUGUUCCUGGCAAAUACACAAUUGAGAACAAGAUUGGUUUGCAGACACUUGAGAUUAGCAGAUGCAGCCCGGAUGAUUCAGGUGAAUACUGUACGAUCGCUACCAAUACUCAUGGAGAGGCAUCAUGCUAUGGGACAGUUCUAGUGAACAAAUAUAGAGACACUUAUUCAGGAUAUGAAACUGUCAGCAUAGAGGCGAGUCCCGUUGAGUUGGACGUUGACAUUGUCGAUGGCUUUGAAGUUUCUUUUGCUCAAGAAGAUGGCUCUCUUGUCCUAGUCUGCACCUUUUCCUCGCCCUUACCAAAGCACCAACAAGACAUCUCCUGGUUUCGGGAUGGUGAUUUACUGGUGGAGACUGAUUGCCUUGGGAUCGAGUGCACGGAUUACUAUGCCAAAGUGACUCUCAGCGAUAUCCACAAGGAGGAUGAAGGCUUGUACACCAUUCGCCUUCCAACACUGGAUGGUCACAAGGAACAUAGUGCAUACGUGUUUGUGAGAGAUGGCCCAGCAGCAGUAACUGGAGCCCCUGGUUCACCCCUGGAUGUCCAGGGACUUAACGUUAACCAAGAUUAUGUCUUUGUUACCUGGAAACCACCAAGUGCUGAUGGAGGGAGCCCAGUCCUUGGCUAUUUCGUUGAAAGGUGCGAGGAAGGAAGCGAGAGCUGGAUCCAAUGCAACGAUGUCCCCGAAAAGCUGUGUAAGCUUCCCGUCCUGGGGCUGUGUGAAAACACGAGCUAUCAGUUCCGAGUUCUGGCAGUCAACAGCGCUGGAGUCAGCAGGCCAUCCAAAGUCUCCGAACCAGUGACGACAACAGACCCCACGAUAGGAGACAGGAUAAUGACUAUCCAGCUGGACCGAGGCAAAAUAGUCAUCUCGAAAGAUGAGCUUGAAGGAGAGGUUUGCAUUCCGCUGCCUCCAACCAACGUCCACAUUACCGAAGUGGGUCAGACGUACAUCGCUCUCUGCUGGAACGAGCCCUGUCCCCGAGGCAGGGAACCCCUGAAAUACUACGUGGAGAAGUCAGUUGCUGGCAGUGGCAGCUGGCAAAGAGUCAACCUGGAGGUUCCUGUGAGCUGCCCGCGAUUUGCUGUCUUUGACCUGGAUAGAGGGAAGCAGUAUUGCUUCAGAGUCCGAGCCGUCAAUAAGUAUGGGAUCAGCGAGCCGUCAGAGCCUUCUAGAGCUGUUUCACACACAGAAAUACUCGCCGCCCCCUCUCCACCCUAUGCCAUCAUCCCCACUAGAAACACAAAGACAUCUGUGCUGGUGCAGUGGCAAGCUGAAGAUACAGAGGAGCCCAUAGGCUUCUACGUCUACGUUUGUGAGAUUGGAACGAACAACUGGGAAAUCUGUAAUAACAAGCCCGUCACUUCCAAAAGGUUGGUUGUGCAUGACCUUAAACCUGGGAAGAAAUAUGUGUUCCGUGUGAAAUCUGCCAAUCCUGCAGGACUCAGUGAUUAUUCCAACGAGUCCACACCCAUCGAAGUGAACAGCCCCAUCUAUCUUCCAUCAGCUCCUUAUGGUUUGGUCCAACUGACCUGUGGGAAGAAUGAGAUGGUUAUUGGCUGGAAGGAGCCCAAAUUCCUUGGUGGAAGGGAGAUCUUGGGAUAUUUUCUAGAUUGCCAUGAUCUCGAAGAUCCUGACUGGCAUGAAGUUAACAUUAAUCCUAUAACAACAAGGAUUUACAAGUUGCAAAAGUUGACUGAAGGCCAUUUCUACGAGUUCCGUGCCUUUGCCAUGAACUGGGCUGGUGUGGGAGCCUUUUCAGAAACCAGCGAUCAAUUUAAAUGUGAGGAAUGGACCAUGGCACAACCUGGGCCUCCGUUUGACGUGACCUUCACUGAAGUCCGCCGGAGCUCGCUGGUGGUUCUGUGGCAGCCACCACUUUACACCGGGCAGAGCCCUGUAACCGGCUAUUUUGUUGACGUCUGCGAAAUUGGAUCAGACGAAUGGAUGACUUUGAACGAGGAGCCUACACUUAACACGCACUUCAAGGUUUCCGAUUUGAAAGGCGGCAGAAGCUAUAUGUUCCGUGUGUUUGCAAUAAACUCCGCUGGAGCGGGUCAGCCAUCACUGCCCUCGGAUCCCGUUAUCGCCGAAACCAGACGAGGCACCACAGACGUAGAGGCUGGGGUGGAUGAUGAAGGUAAUAUUUUUCUGGCUUUCCAGUGCCCAGAGUUUUCCGAUGGCUCAAGGUUUAUCUGGUCUAAAUCCUACCAGGAGAUCACCAGCCCCGAGAGAGCCCAGAUGGAAACAAAAGGAAACACAUCAAAACUUAUCUUUACCGACCCCUCAGAAGAUGAUCUGGGCACUUACUCGGUGGAGGCGACAAACACUGGUGGAGCAUCUUCAAGCUACGCGUUAACACAAGAAGAGCUGCAGAGACUGAAGGACCUGAGCUAUGAGAUAAGAAAUCCCACAAUUGCUUUGAAGUCAGACUGGGCUGUGGAGUUCCUGGAAAAGGGUACAGUCCGACUCUGGCUACAAACCCAGAAUCUAUCUCCUGCUGCUCAGCUACGAUUCAUCUUUAAUGAGAAGCAAGUCUCGAGCACGCCGACUCACAAGAUCAAUUUUGACAAAGCCAGUGGCCUUAUUGAAAUGAUCAUCCAAAACUUUGCUGAAGAGGAUCAAGGCUCCUAUACUGCCCAGCUCCAGGACGGAAGAGCAAAGGGGCAGUUUACACUCGUGCUGAUAGAUGAAAAGUUUCGAGCCAUUCUAACGCAAUGCGAUUCACAAAGGAGAGAUUGGAAGAGAAAACAAGGACCUUACUUUGAGAAGUUACUGCACUGGGAAGUCACAGACAAGUGUGAUUUACUUCUCAGCUGUCAGGUCACAAAUACAAAGAAAGAAACCAUUCUUAAAUGGUACAAAAAUGGGCAUGAGAUUACAGAUAUCAUCUAUAAUCCCCAGACUGGGAUCAGCACCCUACAGAUAUCACAGGUUACUAAGGAAAACGCAGGAGUCUUUAAAACAGUGGUAGCCGAUGACAGAGGAGAAGAUUCCAGCGUGCUUGAGCUACUUAAUAAAGCAUUUGAUGACGUUUUGAAUGAAAUCUGCCGAAUUAGUGGUGUUUCCGCUUCUGAAUUAAAGCUGCAAUGUACGGUAGAGGGAAUCAAGCUCUAUUGCUUUAUGAAAUACCAAAUGGACUAUAUGAAGAAAACCUGGUAUCUCAAAGAAAAAGUUCUGGAACCUGGAGAAAGGAUAAAACCCGGAGAUAAUAUCGACCAAGUCUGGGUGCAGAUUUUGAACCCAAUUGAGUCAGACAGGGGCAAAUACACCCUGGAAAUGUUUGAUGGCAAACAGACACAUAAGCGAACCCUCAAUUUAUCUGAAAAAGCGUUUGAUGAUGCGUUAACCGAAUGCCAAAGACUGAAGCAAGCGGCAUUUGCAGACAAAAACAAAGCCAGGGUAGUUGAGGGUCUACCAGAUGUGGUUGCCAUUAUGGAAGACAAGACUCUUACUAUGACUUGCCUUAUAUCUGGAGAUCCCGUCCCAGAGGUGUUCUGGAUGAAAAAUGACAGAGAAAUCGUCACUGGGGAGCGCUAUCAGAUAACGCUUCAGAAGAUGACAGUUACUCUAACCAUCCAAACCGUCACAUGCAAAGACUCGGGGAGAUACAGCUUGUUUGUCAGGAACAAACAUGGGUCUGACACAGCUAACGUUACUCUGAGUGUGUAUAAACACGAUGAAAAGCCAAAGGAAGGAAUACCAGCCGAGACAGAUUAUUGAAAAGCGCUCUGGAUUGCAACACUAUUGCACCAAGGUUUUGAGACGUCUCAACGACGUGAUAAGGCGCUAUAUCAAAUGCAAAGAUUAUUAUGGAUAAAACGUUCAUCCUUUCAUUGGCACAAAACCAUAUCAUUUAGUUUUUUUUGUCAGACUACUUGAGGUGAAAACAAUACAGUGAUUAAAAAAAUUUAGGACUAUACUGGAAUUAAUAAGCGUCUUUGAUCACGUCGCCCUUUUUUGAGUGGAUCUGCUUUAGGGAUAACUUUAGUUCCGGGAUUCUUUGGGUUUUGAUAGAAAUUAGCUGUGUUUGCCUGAGACUGAAGGGAAACUUCGACCUGUGAGGGGAAAGUAUAAAUGAUAAAUAAUCAAACCAGCAAUAGGUACUUAUACUUUUUCGGGGGGAAAUAAAUUAUUCUCUAAAUAUUGCAAGUUGCAGGACUCCUUAUUUUGGGGCCAUUGAAGUGAGCAUUAAUAGGUUGAACUACGGGAUUCCUUUGAACAACAUUGCCUCCUGUUAGUGAUAUCAGUGCAAUCAGAUAGUAGGUAUCUUUCUUUUACUCCCACUAAGUCAUUACAGCAAUAGGUUUUAGUACCUGUGAUCCUUCCCUAAUGUUUUCCAUGCAGAACAACUCCACUGGUAUCAUGGAGUGGAUGAGCCCUAACAGAGGGGAUUACAGUCAGACUCCUUUUUAUGAAAAUAAAACCAGAAGUCGCUGGGAACACUCAGCAGGUCAGGCAGC